AUGGCAACUGCCGGCGAGGAAGAUCGGUUCACCGUUACGUCUGACGAGGAGGACGAGGUGGUGGUGGCAGCGACCACGCCGGCGCGCUGCGAGGAGGAGGCUCCUCUUCCUCCUAAGGCCGGUUCGCAGGAGAAGGAGGCAGCGAUCAUGCCAGGGUGUCAUGGUCGACAGAAGGGGUUUCCUAAGGCCGGUUCGCAGGGGGGGCAUGGCAAGUGCAAGGACUGCCCUCUUCCUCCGGCGAAGAACAUGAUGUCUGAAGAGGAGGAGAGGUCCAUCCUGUCGUGGAAAAGGACUGCCCCCUUCGACCGAAAGAAGAGCAAGGACGCCGGUUUCUUCAACAAGUUGAGGGACGAAAACUUCAAGUACCAGCGGCAGAUCAGGGAUGAGUUUGAGGAGAAGGGCUACGUGGAGAUCCCUGACAACUUCCGGGAAGACAACAAGCGAAUCAACCAUGAAGCUCACAGGAGGGCGUACCUGAAGGUGUUUGGCACCGAACCGCCAGCUAAGCUCUAGAUCGGAGGAGCACUGUUAUUUCACCGUCUAUCUAUCCCUAGUAGUUGGGCCAGUGCUAGGCGCCGGCGCACCGGCCCAAAUUUGGGCCGGUCGGCUGUCGAACGUACGAUAGAGCUUCUUUUAACCGUAGGAUACAACCUUUCUCCGUCCCUCAAAAAGUCAAACGCGAAUGAAAAGUGGAUCGAGGGGAAAAAGGCAGCGAACUAGCUCAGCCACACUAGCCGGCCGGACUCCGCGCGUGCUCACCGGCCGCCCGCACUUGUCCUUGGUUUUUCGUGCUUGCCGGCCACCCGUGCCACCACGCCCGCCAGCCGCGCUCGCCGGUCGCUUGUGCCACGCUCGCAACAAAAAACAGACUAUGGUUGUAGCAAAAAUAGAUUACAGUGGUAGCAAAAAUGUUCGUCGUCGAUGCUCGCCAGCGACGCUGGCAACAAAAUUACCCAAGGUAGAUGUGAGUCAACGUCCCAUUGGAUCCUUUGAAAAAUGCUGGUUCCAGCAAAAAAAAAACUACGAUGAUAGCA